AUGCCAGUAUCGACACGCGUGCAGGCCGAAAAGAACGUCUGGGUUGCUGCAGGAGAUGGCGAUCUUGAGCGUGUCAGGGAAUUGAUUGAGAAUCAAUGUAAAGUAAUGGUGCAUGCUGCCGCAUCCUAUGGCCAUCUCCACGUUCUCGAAUAUUUGAUAUCCAAAGGUGGGGACGUCAACAUCACAGAUAACGAUGGCGAUACGCCUCUGUACGUUGUUGAAGAUGUCGAGACUGCUCGAUAUCUCGUCGAACAUGGUGCGAUCGUUGAUCGACGGAACUCUGAGGGACUGUCGCCUGCCGAGUACCUGGCGGAGGACUACGAGGAGGUUGCGGCUUACUUGGAGAGCGUGUCCCCUGCAAGAAGAGACAAUGCUGUAGAAACUCCGCCUGUCUCCGCUACCGCCUCGCAACAGCCCUCACAGUAUGCACAAAACAUCGCAUCAGAACAAUUGACGUCUUCUCUUAUGGAGUCUGUGCAAGACAUCAUGCAGCGUGCUUCGGCCGAAGGACGAGAUCCCGAGGAAGAGCUGAGGCAGGCUGUUGGACGUACGGUGCUGGAGGGGAUGGUCACUGGAUAUGGGAUGAGUAUUGAGGCAGAGGACAGCAGACGUGAGGAUUCAAAUGGAACAGAGACGAAGAGAUCACGCAUGGAUGAUGAUGGGCCGGGGUAAGCUCUCAGUAUGGGUGCUCUUGUCUUGGUUUUGUGUCGUUGUAUCAAUGAUUAUUUAAUUGUUUAAUGUGCCGCG